UAGAUACGUUUGUUCUACUUCCUUCUUUUCCUCUCUCCAUUAGAACCAUUUUUUAUUUUACAACAACAUGGUUGGUGACAAAGGAGACACAUCCAAGAAACAACCUCAACAACAACAACAAUUUUCAUCAUCAUCAUCACCAAAACCACAACAUGAAGAAUCCAUAAUAGAAACAACAAGGCCAAUUCAUCAUCAUCACCAACAUCAACAAUCAUCAUCAUCACAACAAAUUGUUGUAAGUGGAAGUGGAACAAACCCUUUUAUUUCAACUCCAUUAUAUGUUUCAAGUGGUGGUGCAAGUUCUUCACCUUUUGAAACCCAAUUUGAAACAUCCUUAACCACAAAAAGACCAAGAUAUAGUGGACAAUGGAAGCUUCUACCUUCACCAACACAACAACAAAAACAACCUCAAAUCACAAACAUUCUAAAUCCAACAACAGAAUCAAAAUCAACAACACCUUCACCUUCAAAUCUACCUCAACAACAACCUCAAACAACACCUUUAGCUGCUUCUUCAUCAGAGACAACUUCAUCACAAUCUCAUGAUCAUUCACCAAUGCCUUGUCAAGAAGGAAAUAGGUUACAAGAGUUAGAACAACAAGUUCAUCAACAACUAAGAAAAGGGAAAUAUGUAAGUCCUGUUUGGAAACCUAAUGAAAUGCUAUGGUUAGCAAGAGCAUGGAAAGAACAAUACCAAACAAGCUCAGAAACAUCUUCAAGAACUGAACAAGAGAUGGGAAUGAGUAGAGGGAAAACAAGAGCUGAUAAAGACAAAGAAGUAGCUGAAUUUCUAAACAAACAUGGUGUUAAUAGAGAUGCAAAAACAGCAGGUACAAAAUGGGAUAACAUGUUAGGUGAGUUUAGGAAAGUUUAUGAAUGGGAAAGAGGUGGUGAAAGAGAACAAGUUGGUAAAAGCUAUUUUAGACUUUCACCUUAUGAAAGAAAGUUGCAUAGGUUACCAGCUUCUUUUGAUGAAGAAGUUUUUGAAGAACUUUCACAGUUUAUGGGAUCAAGAAUGAGAUCUUCUCAUGGUGGUGGUGGUGGUGGUAGAGUUGGUUCUUCUUUUGUUUCUUGUGAUGAAGCUAGAACAAGAUCUCUUCCUCCUCCUAGACCUUUCAAAGAUGAUGAUCUUCCUCUUUCAGCUAGGACAAAACAAUUGGCAAUGACAAGUGGUGGAGGUGAACCAUUUUUUCAUGGUCAUAGAGGAAACAUAUUAGGGUUAGAUUCACUAAUGGAAAUUUCAACACCUUCUUCUAGCUCUAAAGAGCUAAGAAGAAUUGGUAAGAUAAGAAUGGUAUGGGAAGAAUCAGUGAGUUUAUGGGGUGAAGAAGGUGAAGUUCAUAGAGGGAGAAUAAGGGUUCAAAAUUCAAGCUUUUUACAUGCUGAUGAACUCACUUGUUUUGAUGAUGCAAUGGUGAUUUGUCCUUUGGAAUCUUUUGAAGAUGGUCCUUUCAAAGGUUUUUCAGUUGAUAGAUUUGUUUCUGGACAACAAGUUAAAGUUUUUGGUAGAAGAAAAUCUUCUUCAACUUCUAGUGGUUUUGCUGAAAGAGUUCAACCUAUCAACAAACCAAUUCCCAUAAGAUCAAUUGUUCCAUUGGAUUUUAGAGACCCAACUGAAUACUACAUGGAUUGUCUCCUCCGUAUUUCAUCACCACAAUCACUUCCAACAUUAUUUGAAUUAAAGCAUCAUUUACAAGAGCCACCACCACAAAAUUUACGUUUUCCACUUAGGAAAGAAGUGUUUGAUGAUUUACCACAAGGUAAAGAAUUCUUCUUCACAACAACUUCUGAACCAUUGGAUUGUAGAUCAAUAAUCUAUGACAUUGUGGGCCCCAUUAUUAGAACCAAUAACAACAUUAACAACCCUAGUACUCUCCCAUUUUCUAGUAGAGACUCUUUCAUUGGUCUAUGGGAUGAUUGCAUCAAUAGGGUCGUUUCAAGAUUCUGCCACGAUGAAAUGGUAAUUACUAGAAAGCCCUUUUUAUCAUUUUCAUCACAAUCACAAGAUACAUUGUUGUUGCAAGAUGAAUGGCCUAAUGUGAGUGGUUUUGUGAACAAUUUUUGUUUAUGGAGAGGUGAAGAAUGUGAAGAAUUUAAAGAGAAUAUUCAAAACCCAUCAUCAACUAUCAUUCAAAAAUUACUAUGGAGCUAUUUGGAUUUACCUUAUAUCCUUGGUUACUAUGCAAUUGGAAAUAAGGUAACAUUUUGUGCACUUAGUAAAUCACAAGAAGAUGGGAAAAUCAUUAGAACUGAUUUACAUCAAGUGAAUCUAACAACACCAAGUGAAAGAUUCAAAGCCUUAGGACCAUGUUUUAGAAUCGGCAUUUUGUUAUCUAUGUUAAGCAAAGCUUGUUCCAACAUGCAAAAGGGUAGUUUUGUCUAUAGUGAUUUCGAAAGGUAUAGUUUUGGUCAAGGUGUUUUAAUCGAAAUGACACCAAACACAUGCAAAAGGGUAUUUUUGGAAAAGAGAAAAUUCUCAUCAGUGAAAGAAGUUUACGAGAUAUUAGAUCAUAGAAUACCACAUAGUGAGUAUUUAGUCAAAGUUCUUGAAAACAACAUGAGUUUGGUAUUUAAACCUAGAGGAAUAAGAGCAAAACCCUUAAACAUUGAACAACUUGUAGAAGCCCUAAAAUAUGUAACAAAAGCUUUAGUUGCAUUACAUGACUUAUCAUUCAUGCAUAGAGAUCUAUGUUGGGAAAAGGUUACAAUGAGAAAUGAUAGAGAAGGAGGAGAAUGGUUUGUGAGUGGUUUCGACGAAGCGGCCGGAGCGCCGGAGCUAGGGAAAUAUGUAAAGGAUAAUCAUGAAGGUGGUAUGGUGGAGCGUGGAAGACACGCGCCAGAAAUGGAGCGUGGAUUGCAUGGUGUGAAAGUUGAUGUGUGGAGUGUUGGGUAUUUGAUAAUGACAUGUGGGUUGGUGAAUGUGCCAAAGAUGUUAAGAGAGUUACAGAAUUGGUGUAUGGAACAGAAUCCAGAACAAAGACCAACUGCAGCGGAUUGUUAUCAUCACUUGUUACAACUUCAGUCGACUUUGUUGGUGUCAGGUGGUGUUGUUGCUGGUUCUUGUGGUGUUUCUGGUGGUGGUGGUUUGAUGUGAUUGAUGAAAUGUUUGUUGAUGGUAUAAUUCAUUGUUGAAUACUUGAAUUGAAUUUGUUAUUAAACUCAUUAUUAUUGUUUUUUUGUGACAGGGUUUUCAUUAUUUUUUGGUACGUUU